CUCCCUUCUUCAAAGCUACCGGAGAAAGUCCUCGGCCAAGCAACCGAAGAUGAACUUCGCUGGACGUGGUCGCUCGACCGUGAGCACCAACGGCUCUAACAAGAGUCAGUCUUCUGUCACCAGCUCUGGAAAGAGCCGUGAGCAUACAGGCGGUGUGUCCCUUCGUGAGCAUGCUGAGGAUCAUGAGCAGCACACUGGCAGUGCCUCUCUUCACGAGGACACUGAGCGCACGACUGGGACCUCUCUCGCCGACAACAAGGAACCCGAGGGCGGCGUCUCUCUCAAGCACUUCGCCAACGACGCCUCCAAUGACAAGAAGAACAGCGGUGUCAAUAUGAGCGCGCGCAACGACUCUGACCAGGCGUCUUUGUCUUCAGUGAGAACUGCCAGUGCCUUUUCCCACCGCCACAAGGCUAUGUCAGUCUCCGGCCAGAACAUGGGCCACAACAUGGAGACCUUUCAGGUAUGUUUUCGUGACCGUUUGCUAUCUCACAACGGCUAACAGGUCCCAUCAGGAGAGCCACACCCCGGUCCGUCACGUCGGGUUGAAGUCUCCGAUGGCUCCUCGUGUCUUCAAUGGCUUCAGCAGAGGCACGGGACAGCGCUCUCUGCUCACUAGUCAGCACCUUGCCAGCGCGCAGCUCUGUACAUCUCAACUCGGCCAGAGCACUUCUGCUCCCACUUUGCCAUUUCUCGCCUCCCCACCCCAGCCUUCCAUGGCCAAACCAGGUAUGCCGCCCGGUGUCGUGAAUGGCUCUUUCCGUAUCCCUAUGCCCUCUGCCUUCCUGGGAUUCAUUCAUCAUCCGAUGGUGCCCGGUGGUGUUCCUCCUCCUACACCACUCGGGACGCCUUGUGUCCCAGGUCUCACGAGCAAUGCUGCCACGAACAACGCCGCUGCACCCCCAGCUCAGACUUCUCAGACAGGCCUCACUCCUAGCGCCAAUUUUGUCCACCCUGCUGCCCAUGGAAGCCACGUUACUUAUAACACCGGACCUAUCUACAGCGGAAUGGUUCCGCCUCCUGCUGGACUCGACAACGCCACCCCUCAGAGUCACUUCCCUGAUCACAGCAACGCUAGGCCUGUUCACGCUGGCAAUGGCUCUGCUGCCUUCAAGCACGACAACCCUCAAAGCCACCCGUCUGUUUACAACAACGUUGGACCUGUGCCUGCCGGCAAUGGCUCCCAGGGCCUGUCUUCUCAGGUCAACCAUCAAUUCGGUCCCAACAGCGGCGCGAUACCUGCUCAAGAAAGCUACGUUGGCCGCAAGAACAAUGUCGACACCCCUCAUCGCGGUCAUCAGGUUGGUCAGAACAACCACAUGGCGAACCUCAACAACAGCAACAUGGGACCUCCCCGAGGCGACAAUAACCUUGCCCAGAACAACAGCACGGGUGUGCCUGGCCAUAGCAAUGCUGCUGCCCCAACUCCAUCCAAUGCCGGCACAACACUUCAGGCCUAUUUCAAUCCUGUCACAGGCCAGACAAUGAGACUGGACGGAACCAUCUGGACCCCCCAUGAGUCAAAGAAGGAUAGGUACGCCGAUCACUCCAUUUAUAACCAGUCGGAGCCGCGAAAUUUUGCACCUCGUCCGAUGGGCAUCCCAGUCAUGUUUCCACCCCCUCCUAACUUCACCUCGGGCCCUGGGUCCAGCAGUCAAAUCGGCGACAUCAUCACCAACCAGGCAUUCACUGACCCCUUCACUUCGCCGGACUCGUCUGCGAGUAACGCUGUCAACGAAGCGGCGUACUUCCUUGCCAACUCUCACGAGAUUGACUACAGCGAGUUGACUGAGGCUGAGCAGGAGUUGGAAGUCCAAUGGGGAUUGCUUCGAGACAAGCUCUCCGGACUCCGGACUAUGGGUUCCAAUGCCCUGAGAAGGUUGAUCAAUGGUGUUAACGGGAUCCCCACCACAUCGGUCCUACUCAAUGUCAUGAACUUUCCGUUCAUUGAGAGUUCCAGUCAGUCGAUGCCUGCUGUUUGGGGGGUCAUCAAAAUCAGCAACAUUCCAUUCGGCACAAUGCGAGCGGAGAUCAUCGCUAUGCUUGGCCGCAAUUCGAAAAUCAUCACCGAUGCGCAGGAGGGAGUCCAUAUCAUUAUGGAGCGGGUUACCUCGAAGACUGGGGAUGCUUUCGUCGAGUUCAACAGCAUUCAUGCUGCGACUCGCACCGUCGAGCGCCAUCACGAGGCUAUCCGCAAGCACCGCCAACCUCGCUUGGGCGACCGCCCCAUCAAGGUGACGAUGUCUAGUCAGAAGGAGCUCAUGGAGGCGCUUUUCCCCUUGUGCCGCGGCGUGAAUUUCGAGGAUGGCCGCGUCACAUUGCUCCCUGAAGACCCCGAAAGCCCGUGGAACACUUUCCGCGGCUUUGUAAUGGCGGAAGAGUUGAACCUUCUCAUCAAGCACAUCGAGGUGCCUUCUCGCUCACCUUACUCCAAGGACUGUCCCCAGCGCCCUUUUGAGUCGAUGAUCUCCACGCUCAAAAAGCUGCCGUGGUACGCCUCUCAUCUGAUCACUCUUGAACAGCGUCAGAUCAUCUAUGAUGCAACCUUCCGGCUGAUCGAGUUCCUCGGUGAGCUCCUCCAGAAGGGUGAUGUGACCGCUGGAAAGCAUCGCCAGCAGACGGUUCUGAAUGAGCAGUUAUACAAGCGUCUUGUUCACGCAGCAAUGCUCUGCCCCGGAUUCUCUGUCCUCCAGAAGGACAACCUCGCCUACCUGGCGAACAUGUCCGGACCGGCCAUUGCCGAAUUCAACAUGCCCCCCUUCUCCGAGUGCUGGGCGCACCUGUACAACUUGUGCCCUCGCCCUGGUGUCCCGGUCGACGUGCUUGAGUGGUACAUCACCCUCAUCCGCGAGGAGACAGUUCGCUACGUCAACACACUCCCGGCGUCGGUGCAGGCUUCUAUCAAGGAGCGUGCGAAGGAGGACAGUCUUUACUUCGGGUAUAUGUGGCACGAGAUCCAGCUUCCUCAGGGCAGGGAACUCGCCGCUAUGACUCUUCGGGACGUGGCUGAAAAGGAGCUGGAUGCCAUCAAGCAGAUCCUGGACCGAGCCGCCGCUAACGCCCACACUCUCCUGGUUACCGAUGCUGCUUACCAGCAUCCGGAUCACUACAUCGUGAUCUAAAGCCGCACUUCCCCGCGGCUCGCUGCCAUGAGCACUGCCGUGGGUAUGUACGGCUAAGAACAGGGUACACUCCACCUCUCUGUUCUAGACGUCCUGAAGUACCAUUCGCAACAACCUGGUACGACUUGGUCCUUGCGGCUAUCAUCCAUUCCUUCCUGGCGACUGUGGCUCUUUGCAUUAGCGAUUGUUGGUUUGUUUAUGAAAAUUCCUUCACGACACGCAACGACUGCACAGAAUCACGAACUUCAUGAACGUAAUCUUGAUUCUUCCAUGAAGAUGGCGAGGAACGAACAAUGGCCUUCAGAGCACACGGCAACCUUUCACAAUGGCACAUCAUCAUCUUCUUCUCAUCAAAGAUUUUGGCUUUCGGCAAAGACGGAAAGUCAGGAUGUUCCCUCUUGUUUGGGUUGGCGGUUGUUGGACAGGAGGACAGACAACACACAGAACGGAUAGGCAUAGACGGGUUUUGCUUUUUUUCUUUGGCGAUUCCUGUCGCGGUCGGUCUGCUCGGUCUUCUAGUUUGACAUUUGUCUUUCUGAUGGGAACAACCAUUUUGCAGAGCUUUUCCUUUAUCAAAGGGUUCCAACAUGGCGGAAUUCUUUUCUUUCUUUCUUAUUGUUUUUUUCUUUUUUUCCAGAAAACUCACCCACCAAAACACAAAAAACACUCGGAACACCUACAAAACAAUCACCAAAAAACUCGGAAAAUUUUUGAGCAUUCAUAUGAAAACACUUAGGCCUCUUUGGAACCCAUCAUCACUUGUCACAAACAGGAAAAGGUGGAUUGAUCACGAAACUGGAGAUGCUUUUUGCGGGCUUUGGUCGGUAGAGAGUGGGAGUGGGGGAGCCUUCCUGGUGUAUUUUAGACAAUAAAGUCAUUGGCC